AUGGCUGUUUUAACUCUAAUAUUUCGUCGCUUAGGAAUACCAAUUGCCCCACACAAGACCGUUGGGCCGACUACAGUCCUCGAAUACUUAGGAAUCGAAUUAGACACGGUUAGGAUGCAAGCACGUUUACCCCAGGACAAGCUUUCGCGAAUUCAUGAACUUUUGAAAACGUUCCUGUCACGCAAGUCUUGUACCAAACGUGAACUUUUGAGUCUCCUAGGCCAUCUCAAUUUCGCAUGUCGUGUAGUGAUACCAGGUCGAACUUUCAUUUCCCGUUUGAUUGAACUUUCAAAAGGCGUCAAGAAAUUACACCAUCACAUUUCAAUUUCAUCCGAGAGCAGGAAAGAUUUACAUAUGUGGCAAUAUUUCCUGUCUGGUUGGAAUGGAGUCUCCAUGUUCCUUGAUGCCCAUCCAACAUCAGCUUCGGACAUGCAACUGUACACAGACGCAAGUGGCAUUGGUCACGGAGGCUACUUCCGUGGACGUUGGUUCCAAGAACGUUGGUCUCCUAGUCUCAAACUUGAAACGGACCCAAGUUUGUCAAUUGCCUUUCAGGAACUUUAUCCUAUCGUGGUUGCCUCCAUACUUUGGGGCCACCUCUGGGUUCGAAAACGCAUUUUGUUUUAUUGCGAUAAUUUGGCCACUGUCCAUAUCAUAAACAAGGGACGCUCUAAAUCACCUGCUAUUAUGAAACUCAUGCGGCGCCUUGUCAUCACAGCAGCCUCGUCUAAUUUUAUGUUCCAGGCGGAACAUAUACCAGGAAAAAUUAACCAUAUUGCUGAUGCUCUCUCUCGAUUCCAGGUCCGACGGUUCAGGGAGGCAGCUCCAACAGCAGAACCAACCCAGUGCCAAAUUCCCUCCGUAGUGAUGUUCAGUUAA